CGGGCGGCUGGCGCUCAACUCAAGGAACCGGCACCGGCAGCGGCCCGGUCCUGCCACAGGCGUCGGGCGGCGCGGGGCGGGGCCCCGGGCCGCUGCUCCCAUUGGGCCUCGCGGGCGCCCACUGCCGGCCAGGUCCCGGCGUGCAUCGGGAGGCCCGCCCCGCAGGCGCGCUGCAUUCUGGCUCUCGGCAGGCGGCCGCUGCGGCGCUUGCGUCCUGGCCCUUCGGAGGCGGAGGCGGACCGGGAGCUGGAGUGCAGCAGUCCGAGAACCCUCCACGGCGCGCGGCCGCCGCUCCGGGACGUGGAGUACUGUAGUGUUCUAAGAACAGAAGCAUCCAGGCUGAAUGGAAUUUAGCUUCAAAAAAAGUCCUGUUUCUGUUCAGAAAGUUGUAAAGUGCAUAAAGAUGAAGCAGGCACCAGAAAUCCUUGGCAGUACAAAUGGAAAGACUCAGAACUGUGAAGUGAAUCGCGAAUGUUCUGUGUUCCUCAGUAAGGCCCAGCUUUCUACCAGUCUGCAGGAGGGGGUCAUGCAGAAAUUUAAUGGCCAUGACGCGCUUCCCUUUAUCCCUGCUGAGAGGCUGAAAGAUCUAACCUCCCGUGUAUUUAAUGGAGAACCCGGUGCUCAUGAUGCCAAAUUGCGUUUUGAGUCCCAGGAAAUGAAAGGAAUUGGGACGCCACCUAACACCACCCCUAUCAAAAAUGGCUCUCCGGAAAUUAAGCUGAAGAUCACCAAAACGUACAUGAAUGGAAAGCCUCUCUUUGAGUCUUCCAUUUGCGGUGAUGGUGCUGCUGCCAUGUCCCAGCAUGGAGAAAAUGCGCAAACACCAGCAAACAAGGCGAGGAGGAGCAGGAAGAGAAGCAUAAAGUACGACUCCCUUUUGGAGCAGGGCCUUGUUGAAGCGGCUCUGGUGUCCCAGAUCUCCAGUCCCGAAGACAGGAAGAUUCCAGCUAAGAAAGAGUCCUGUCCAAAUUCCAACCGAGACAAAGACCACCUGCUGAAGUACAGUGUUGGCGAUCUGGUGUGGUCCAAAGUGUCUGGCUACCCUUGGUGGCCAUGCAUGGUCUCUGCUGACCCUCUCCUCCACAGCCACACCAAACUUAAAGGUCAGAAAAAGAGUGCACGCCAGUAUCACGUGCAGUUCUUUGGUGAUGCCCCGGAAAGAGCAUGGAUAUUCGAGAAGAGCCUUGUAGCUUUUGAGGGAGAAGGACAGUUUGAAAAGCUAUGCCAAGAAAGUGCCAAGCAGGCACCCACGAAAGCUGAGAAAAUUAAGCUGUUGAAACCUAUUUCAGGGAGACUGAGGGCCCAGUGGAGGAUGGGCCUCACUCAGGCGGAAGAAGCCUCAAGCCUGCCGGUGGAGGAGCGGAAAGCCAAGUUCACCUUCCUCUAUGUGGGCGACCAGCUUCAUCUCAACCCUCGUGCAGCUCAGGAGGCAGGCAUCGCUGCGGAGUCUCUGGGAGAAGUGGGGUCCUCAGGAGCCACUGAAGAAGCUUCUGGUGACCCCAAGUCCAUGAGGGAAGAGGUCGUUCCCAUCAAGAGGAGGAGGAGAGCCAAGCUGUGUAGUGUUGCUGAAAACCGAGAAGGUGACCCUGGGACUUGUCCUCAAAAGAUGGCAGAGGCUGAACCCAAGAGAGGGCUAACGUCUCCUCCUGGGAGGAAGAAGGCCACAGCCUCCACCCCUCGAAGCAGAAAAGGGGAUGCGGCAUCCCGGUUUCUGGUCUUCUGUCAAAAGCACAGGGACGAGGUAGUUGCCGAGCACCCAGAUGCCUCAGGCGAAGAGAUCGAGGAACUGCUUGGAUCCCAGUGGAGCAUGCUCAGCGAGAAGCAGAGAGCGCGCUACCACACGAAGUUUGCCCUCGUGGCCUCUUCACAGGCUGAAGAAGACACUGGUGACUUAAGUGGGAAGAGAAGAAGCCACAGCAAGAGGACACAGGGCCCAACAGAGGACACUGAGGCAGAGGACACACCCCGGAAAAGGCUCAGGACCGGCAAGCGUGGUCGGCAGAGAGAGUCGAUCCCAGACAGAAUGGCCCGAAUGAGCUCCUGCAAGGCAGCAGAGCCGGCCUCCUUGCCCAAGGGCCAGGCAGCAACGAAACAUCUGUCCGAUGCAUGCAAGCCACUGAAGAAGCGGAAUCGGGCAUCCACAGCAGCGUCGUCCACUCUUGGGUUUAGCAAAAGCUCAUCUCCUUCUGCAUCUUUAACUGAGAAUGAGGUCUCGGACGGCCCAGGAGACGAGCCCUUGGAGUCCCCAUAUGAAAGCGCAGAUGAAACCCAGACCGAGGUGUCCGUGUCGUCUAAGAGGUCGGAGCGUGGCGCAGCCGCCAAGAAGGAGCAUGUGUGUCAGGUGUGCGAGCAGACCGGCAGCCUGGUGUUCUGCGAAGGGCCCUGCUGUGGAGCCUUCCACCUCUCCUGCCUCGGCCUCUCCCGGAGACCAGAAGGGAGGUUCUCCUGCAGUGAAUGUGCUUCAGGGGUUCACUCAUGUUUCGUGUGUAAGGAGAGCAAGGCAGACGUUAAGCGCUGUGUCGUAUCACAGUGUGGGAAGUUUUACCACGACACAUGUGUGAGGAGGUUCCCCCUGACCGUGUUUGAGAGCCGCGGCUUCCGCUGCCCCCUCCACAGCUGCGUGAGCUGCCAUGCUUCCAACCCUUCCCACCCAAGACCCUCAAAAGGGAAAAUGAUGCGCUGCAUCCGCUGCCCCGUUGCCUAUCACGGAGGGGACACUUGUCUGGCGGCGGGCUGCUCAGUGAUCGCCUCCAACAGCAUCAUCUGUACAGCCCACUUCACUGCCCGGAAGGGGAAGCGGCAUCAUGCCCAUGUCAACGUGAGCUGGUGCUUCGUGUGCUCCAAAGGGGGAAGCCUUCUGUGCUGUGAGUCCUGCCCAGCGGCCUUCCACCCCGACUGCCUCAACAUCGAGAUGCCUGAUGGGAGCUGGUUCUGCAACGAUUGCCGGGCGGGCAAGAAGCUUCACUUCCAAGACAUUAUUUGGGUUAAACUUGGGAACUACAGAUGGUGGCCGGCAGAAGUUUGCCAUCCCAAAAAUGUUCCCCCAAAUAUUCAGAAAAUGAAGCACGAGAUUGGAGAAUUCCCUGUGUUUUUCUUUGGGUCUAAAGAUUAUUACUGGACGCAUCAGGCGCGAGUGUUCCCGUACAUGGAGGGGGACCGGGGCAGCCGCUACCAGGGGGUCAGAGGGAUCGGAAGAGUCUUCAAAAACGCACUGCAGGAAGCUGAAGCUCGUUUUCGUGAAGUCAAACUUCAAAGGGAAGCCCGAGAGACGCAGGAGAGCGAGCGCAAGCCCCCGCCUUACAAGCACAUCAAGGUGAAUAAGCCUUAUGGGAAAGUCCAGAUCUAUACAGCUGAUAUUUCUGAAAUCCCCAAGUGCAACUGUAAGCCCACGGACGAGAACCCCUGUGGCUUCGAUUCGGAGUGUCUGAACAGGAUGCUGAUGUUCGAGUGCCACCCGCAAGUGUGCCCUGCAGGAGAGUUCUGCCAGAACCAGUGCUUCACCAAGCGCCAGUACCCCGAGACCAAGAUCAUCAGGACCGAUGGCAAAGGAUGGGGCCUGGUCGCCAAGCGGGACAUCAGGAAGGGUGAGUUUGUGAACGAGUACGUCGGGGAGCUGAUUGAUGAGGAGGAGUGCAUGGCGAGGAUCAAACACGCCCAUGAGAACGACAUCACGCACUUCUACAUGCUCACCAUAGACAAGGACCGUAUAAUUGAUGCUGGCCCCAAAGGAAACUACUCCCGAUUCAUGAAUCACAGCUGCCAGCCCAACUGUGAGACACUCAAGUGGACGGUGAACGGCGACACACGGGUGGGCCUGUUUGCGGUGUGUGACAUUCCUGCAGGGACAGAGCUGACCUUUAACUACAAUCUCGACUGUCUGGGUAAUGAGAAAACAGUCUGUCGGUGCGGGGCCUCCAAUUGCAGCGGGUUCCUUGGGGACAGGCCAAAGACCUCGACAGUGCCUUCCUCCGAGGAGAAGGCCAGGAAGACCAGGAAGAAGCCCAGGAGGCGCAGAGCCAGGGGCGACGGGAGGAGGUCGGAGGAUGAGUGCUUCCGGUGCGGCGAUGGUGGCCAGCUGGUGCUGUGCGACCGCAGGCUGUGCACCAAGGCCUACCACCUGGCAUGCCUGGGCCUGGGCAAGCGGCCCUUCGGGAAGUGGGAGUGUCCAUGGCAUCACUGCGAUGUGUGUGGCAGGCCAUCCACUUCAUUUUGCCACUUUUGCCCCAAUUCGUUUUGCAAGGAGCACCAAGACGGGACAGCCUUCGGCUCCACCCAGGAUGGGCGUUGGUACUGCUGCGAGCAUGACCCAGGGGCAGAGCCCGUCCGCAGCGCCAGUACUGAGAAGUGCCUGGAGCCCCUGGAGCUGAAGGGGAGGCGGCGUCGGCGUCGGCGGCGUCGGCGGGUCAUGGAAGGCAAAUAGCGCCAGGCACUGGCCUGGCCACAAGCCAGCCUACUGCAUGGGCCGCCUGGAGGACCCAGCUGGAAGCCGCACGUCAGAGGAGGCCUCCCUGGGUGAGCGCCUCCCCCCACUGAGCCACCUCAGCAGCCCUGCUGCGUCUGCACUGACAGCCAUCUGAGCCACGUGGCUCGGAAGGUUCCAGGACAAACAAGCCUUACUACACAGCAUUACCGCUACACUUGAAUUUCUACGAAUGUCAAGGCUCCCUCCUGCUCUAUUUUUUUUAGGUUAAUUAUGCUUGAAAAUUGGCAUAUGAAAUGUUUUUAUGUCACCUGAAAUGUAGGAAGUAGUAGUUUUGCUGAAGGAUCACUAUUCUCUCUUUACCCUUAACUAUGUUACUCGGCCUGCUUACCUGUUGUCACUCAGGAGAGCCCAGGGUAGGGUCUGGGCAAGACUCAGACCUGGAUUCCUUGGAGACCAUGAUUUUGACCAUUAUUUCACUCUUAAGAAACAGUUGUCUACUUUCUGUGCUAAUGUGAAAUCCUUUCUCACAAUGCUCCUUCCUGUCUGGUGAGAGGCCGGCCCCAGGAACCAUGACGGUAAGAGUGGUGGGAACUUCCCCCAUAGUCCCUCUCGGGAUGGAUCUGAACUAAGUGCUGGCAGGCUGGCCUUGCACAUGGACGGUCGCGCUGAGCCACCUUUCCCUCUGAAGCUGGCCACUUCUCACCUGGGCCUAUCUCCUGAGCACUAGGUUCUUAUACCAGCAUUUGGGGGAAGACUGUAUAUUUUUUUCACUUGGUUUUUCUUUACCAGUUUCUCACUUUUAUCCUCAAUAUAUUUUUUGCUUAACUUGUUUUACAAAUUACCACUGGCUGCAGUGUACUCACCGAUGCGACCCUGAGUUCACACAGAAGAGGAGGAGCCUGGGAGGGGGCGUGGCCCCGUGGGGUGCCCCUGGAGGUGGUCACUUGGGAACAAUGGUUUUAAGUCAUGUGCUGCCCUGCACACCUGAGAGAUAGGCCAGCAGGGCACUGCCAGGUUCCCCUUGGGGCCUAGACCCAGAGCACGUGGGAAAUGUGCUUUCCCAGAAAAUGUCCUUUUCAAGGGUUGGAGAGAGACUCCAAGUUAGAACUUCUGCCACUUCAUCCUGCUUUGUGGGUCUGUCCACGGAAACCUGGCCAAAGACGUCUGUAGGCUCUGGUCUCGUGCCACACUUCUGGGAAAGGUUGAGCUCUAUGGAACUAGAUCUUCUCUUUGGGAAUUCUCUUCAGCCUGGGGAGUUGGGAGCAGCUGAGAAAAAUGGAGCGCACCGGCCAGGCGCCCAGGCGCCCAGGCACACAGGGAGGGAGUGCAGAGGACUGGGCGCACCUUCUCAGCUGCUCCCUAGCAGGAUUUGAGUAGUGCCCCUGCUGCGCAAAGCAUGCUCACGGCCAUUCACAGACACGGUCCUCAGCCUGUCCUCGGUGUCACUGCCAUCGCCUGGUAGAACUGCUGGGUGUGCACGGACCUGAGGCCCUCCUCCCACCCUGCUCCUCCUUGGCUUUGUGGCCAAGCACUCUUGGAGCGCUCCCUGCCUGUGGCCAUCCCAUCAGGACCCUGGAAACAGUGACCACACCUAGCACCAAAUGGAAGGACAAGAGGCUCGUCACCUGCUGACAGCUCAUGCGUUAAGGGGCUUAGUUAUCUGUGGAGACACACCUGCUGGAUAAGACACAGGAACUAUGGAGUAUCUGGAACUCUGAUUUCUCUCAAGUUAAGAAAAUGCUCGACUGAUUUGCAGAUUCAUGCUCCUGGGCCCUAAGUUUGCAAAGCUGUUCUGGUAAUGGGCCUGCAGAGGCUGGGAAGCACCCUACAACUACCCGGUUUGGGGCUGGGCUAAGGGGCAGCCAAGGCCUGGCAGAGGUGUGCUGCCAUGGCUGUGGCCCUGCUCUUUGGGGCCAAGGGCCCCGGCAUAGGCUGGUGCUGCUGCUUGUCCUCUCCUACCAGCUGAGGAGUGUGUCCAUCAGUCAGACAUCAGACUGGCUUUGCAGUGCACUUUGGGGAGCAGAUUAACUUACUUUUGUGUUUGACAAUAGGAAAAUCUUGUGAUUUUUGAGUUACUUUGAUAUUUCCAAAUUCCUUUGCUAUCUUUCUGAAGCAAAUACUGGAAAAAUUACUUUAAAUGAGGAUGCCCUCUUUCCAAAACCUGUUGGACUAAUGAGCAAACAACACUAACUUGAGAACCUCUAAAAAGCCCAUUUAUGAAUCUGUGCAGGACAAGCCUUUGGAACAGCAGCUGAGCUUGAAGGGCCUUCUGCAACCCUGGGGCACAGCCCUGCCUGUGGCCUUGAUGGGGAGGCUGCAGUGUCAGCUGCCUCAGGGCCUGGCCUCUGUGGCCAUCAGCUCAGUCCUUUGUCUCCAGGAAGCAGACACAAAACAACCCCAGGACUUCUCGGCAUCGGGACAGACCAGGGCCUGCACCAAAAACUGCACCCGCGCCAGCACUGACCUCUGGGGAUGUGGGCGCCGCUCAUACUGUGCAGGUCAUAGGAUGUGUCCAGCUUGGCGGUCCUCAAGUGCGACCGCUGCAGGGGGAGGCCUGGCACCCACGCGCACAGAAAGCACGUUUGUCCUGUCCUCCAAGGAGCUGUGUGGGCACCCAGCCGCGCCUGGUUCCCGGGCCCCACACACUCAGGGCUGCGCUUCUGGCACCUUCGAAGUAUUUAUCUUGACAUAGAAACCGUAAUGUGUGCAGCGCCCAUCUUCCAGAGCUACCUGAUUGUCAGGAAUUAAAGACAAGCCUGUUUUAAUGAAAGUUAAUGGAAACACCUCAGUUGCCAGAUUCUUAACCCUGAGAGAAGCACAGUCUCUCACAAAUGUUAGGAGAGUGAUGCCCAUGGGUGUCCCAGUGUCCACUAUACCCCGAGCAGGUGUGAGAUGCCUGUCAUAAAUGAGCCAUGACCAUGCCUAUUGGUGCCUGAACCUCACACAGCGUGCAGCCAGGCUCCUGCCUGGAAUACUGGGCACUCAGCAGCUCUGACAGACCUACAAAGACUUGGAACCCACUUUGGGGCAGAGAUGCUGAAAUGUAGAUUGGAGAAUUGCCAGCUGGGGCAAAGUAGCAUUUAAAGCAGGAAGUUGUGUUUGGAAAAUUGUGUAUGAGUAUUUUUGUAUUAAAAACAUCUUAAAGGC